AUGGAUGCGGAAUGGUCAACAAGUGGUUGGUCCUAUUCCCAAUGGCAAUAUGAUCCGGCGUGGGAUGGCUGGCAGGACUGGCACUCGCAGGAUGAUAAGGUGCAUGGGCGAGACUACAAUUCGCCGGUGGAAGCACCUCCGCCUCCGCCACGAGCUGGACCUGAAAGGAGGCCACCGCUUGGGCCUCCACCCGGACCACCAGGGCCUCCGCCCGGGCCUCCACCCGGGCCUCCGCCCGGGCCUCCGCCCGGGCCUCCUCCACAAGAACCCGUACCUCCACCUCCACAAGGGCCCGGACCUCGACCUCCACAACCUACGACGAAGCAGAAAGGGCCAUCCUUCACUCCGCCCUUGCGUGGGCACGACGAAGAUGUGACUCAGCUGAUGGAGGCAAGCCGAGCUUCGGGCGCUCGCCCGAACUUCAGUCAGCUUCGCAGGGAGUUCGACGCGAAGAUGAGAGAGGUGAAGCAGACUUGUGCAGAGUUACACCAGGCACAACUCUCAGCAGAGCUGGCGCAACAACAGGUGAGGUUCAACGAGGAGAAGAAGGCCUACGUCGAGGCGGCGAACUUGGCGGCGAAGGCGGCUGCCGAGGCCGACAAGACGGAUGCGCUGCUGCAGCUGGGCGAGCGCUGGAAGGCCUACAGUGACGCUGAGAUCCUGAAGGCCGUUCAGCGCGAGCAACAGUCUGCGCAAAAACUGUUGGCCGAGCAGAAGGAGGCCUACGAGCUCGAGAAGUCUCGUCAAACUACGCGCAUCAACGAGCUCUUGGAAUCCGUGGAGUUUUGGAAGCAGUCGAGCAAGGAAUGGCGAUAUUCCAAGCUCAGUGACUUGGAGAAGAUUGCAGCCUCAGCCUCACAACAGGCUCAGCAGGAGAAGGAAACGAAGCCAGACGCCAAGAAGAGCCUUGCAAAGGACGACAAGAAAGAGUCGAAGCCCGAGACGGCGAAUCCUGGUACCUCUUCAAAGGAGUUCCCGCAAGCAGAUCUUCCACAAGCAGAUCUUCCGGAGGCGGUUAAAAGAGAUGACGAGCUGACUGCACAACAGCAGAUGGAGCGGGUGGCGGCCAAGUACCCGGAGGUCGCAAGGAUGAGAGCAGACUCUGCUAAGAGGAAGAAAGAUCCGAAAGAAGAUGACAAGAAGGUCCAAGCCAAGAAAGCGAAGAUCCCGGAGGCUGGGCUAAACUCUGAUGCACUCUCCUAUUGCACAAUGACCAAACAUUUGGCAGUGUUGGCAGCAGUUGUUUCGGCAGGAGGCUUCAACGGAGGUGACAGAGGCGCCGCUUCCGCGAAAGAAGAAGGAGAAGAAGGCAAGCAAAUGAUGAAGCGGAUGGAUGACAAGACCUAUGAUGCCGGCCAGGACCUGACUUGGGCUGGGUGGCACAUGGUGCUGCGGAAGGAGGCCACACGACCUGGGAGCGCAGCAUCGAAGGGCAAGCUUUGGCACCGGGAGGCCGAGAUCGUCAAGGGACGGGUCAAGGCCACCCAGGAAUAUCCCGCAAAGCUUGUGCAGGGUAUCUUGGAGGCGUUUCGCGCCCAACUGAUCGAGGACGGUGAGUUCUCUCAAGCUCUCAACAUGAUGGAGGCAGGUCCUGUACCGGACGCUGCCCCUGUCAUCGACGAGGAGGAAGAGGUCUUCAACCACCUUCCGGAGGCGAGCGACCCUAUCGAGGGACCUGUCUACGACUCCAACACUGGAGCAGAGUUGGACCUUGAGAGGGUUGCAACUGCUCGCAAGGAAGAACUAGAGUGGGUUCGAAAGCAAGACCUCUACGAGAAAGUUCCGGAGGAGCAAGCAAAGGCUGCAGGAAAGAUGCCCAUAACGAUGAAAUGGGUAGAUCGCAAUAAAGGAGAUAACGAACGGCCCAACUACCGAUCACGACUUGUCUGUCGUGAGGUAAAGCGUGCCAAGAACGCGGAAUUCAUUCCUGAGUUCGCUUCCUUUAGCGCGAUGCCGCCCCUCGAGGCGGUAAAACUGCUCCUGUCACUCAUGGUGACACUGAAGGUCGCCAAGAAGAGCCGAUCACCUCUGAAACUUCGGCUCAUCGACAUAUCCCGGGCUCACUUCUAUGGGAAGGCCCAGAGGGAUGUCUUUGUGACGUUGAGGGCUGAUUACACCGCGGCCCUUCUGGCUGCUUUGUUCGAAAGAUGCCCAGCAUGGCCUGCCAUCUUCUUCCACAAGGAUCGAGAGAUUCGUCUCCUGGUCCAUGGUGACGAUUUCCUCAUUUUGAGUGACGACGCCGGCCAAGCCUACGUUGAGCAGAUCCUGAGAUCCAAGUACGACCUCAGGGUUGAUGGAAGCAUCGGGCAAGGGGAAAAGAGGCAGGAGUUUUGUGUACUGAACCGUCUCGUACGUUUCGACGAGAGGUCGGGCACUAUCUCCUACGAGCCUGAUCCCAGGCACGCUGAAAUCAUUCUGAAAGACUUGGAAAUGGAAACCUGUAAGCCGGUAAAGAGCCCAAACGAAAAGCUUAAGGCAGAAGACGUUGCAAAGCGUCUGGAGAUGCCUACGGUUGCGCCGGACCGCAUUAGCAAGUACCGCUCCUUGGUCAUGCGUGCGGCCUUUUUGGCGCAAGACAGGCCAGAUCUGUCUGAAACCGUCAAGUGCCUUGCACGGAAGAUGCAAGGGCCUACGGAGGCUGACUUCGGAGACUUCAAAAGGGUGGCUCGGUAUCUGAAAGGUACAAUGCGGCUGGUACAGAGGUUCACGCCACAGAGGUUCAGCGAGGUGGUCACAGUCCAUGCGGACAGUGACUUCGCGGGAUGCCUUCAGACACGCAAAAGCACCACCGGACUCGUGUGCUACUACGGCAAGCACGAGGUGAGACACUCGAGCAACCUUCAAAGCACGGUGUCACUAUCCUCGGGAGAAGCCGAGUAUUACGCUCUGGUGAAGGGAGUGGCCAGUGGGAUGGCUACUCAAGAGUUGCUGCGUGGAUGGGGCUUGGACGUGAAGCUGCAGGUUCACACUGACAGCGCUGCUGCGCUGGGUACCUGCAACAGACUCGGGUUGGGUAAGUCCCGACACGUGCAAACACGUUACCUUUGGAUCCAAGAGAAGCUCGCAAACAAGCAGUUCGAGCUGUUCAAAAUCGACACCAAGCUGAACACGGCUGACCUGCUUACUAAGUCGCUAGCCGUGGAAAGUGCUGAGCAGCACCUGAAACGCAUGGGCUUCGAAGUAGUCUCAGGUAGAAGCGGUUUAGCGAAAGCAGUUGUAUAG